AGAGAAACUAAGGCGUAAAUUUACUCAAUGCGGUACACUGCUUGGCUACUUGUUUUUGCUGUGGAAGUAUAUUAGGAAGUCUGUGGCAUAGGUGAAAGAGAAUUCAUAACGCUUGGUUAUGAAUUCUGCUGCGUUUCACGCUGUUUGAAGUAGAUUUCUUUCGUUCCUAGUUCAACAAAUUAUUUGUUCAUUUCUUGAACAUUUGUGAUCAACUCAAAUUUGAUUUCGUUUUUUAGUUCCAAACGUCACUUUAGAAGCUUCAGACUGAGCAUAAAGGGCCGAGUAAAUAUUCAGGCAUUGAGAUAUUCCCUCUAGAGCGUACUGAACUAAGUAAUCUAACUCUACUCAUUUUUAAUACCCUCCUCUACGUCUUUUUUAAUACAUGGUAAACUGGGGAGUCAAAUAUUAAAUAGAGGGUUGUUAAAGGCAACGAAGUAAAUUUCUGGCAGUUGUGUGCAAAUGCGUUUGCUGCUUCCUGUACAAAAGGACGAAAACUGACUGGAAACCAGCGGUAAAGUACAAAGGGACAGUGAUAUGCCUCUGUUUUGAGUCUUUAAAACAACAAAAAAUGACUGAAAAUAGUAUUGGAAGGUCUUAUGACCAAAAACUCAGAUUGCUCAAUCAUCGAGCAAAGUUAGUCACACGAAAACGUCGAAUAUCCUCUAUUUUAUAACCUAACACCAUAGCAGCCCUGAAGUUAUUGUAACUAUUUGGACCUCCGGUGUUUUACUGCAGGCCAAACGAAAUGUGUCAAAUUUUUAUUAGUACUCCAACCGCUAUCCGAAUGACGCUUUCGGUUAUUUCUAAUUUUACUUCUCAAAGGAUAAAUACGUGCAAAUAACCCUACCAAUUUUUCCGGAGUGCUGAAGGAUUCCUGCUACAUGGGUCCCUCCUGCAUUUAUUUUCUGUUUUUCACUACUAUUAUCAUUUAUGUUUUGUCGAUUUCACUUCCCUUUGGUACUUAAAGAGUAAAUGCUAAUAGAUAUAGAUGUAUAUAGGGUUCAGCUCCGCCUGUAUUUCAUUGAUUAAAUGUGUAGGUAGUGAGGUAGCUGUACAUGUCACAUAGUAGUUCUAAUUGAUAGGUUAUAAUUUCCAUUUGCGCGUGACACAAAGUAUAACGAUUUUCUGUUCUGUUUAGUUCGUGUCAAUGAUACCCUCGUCCGUUGAAGUCACGUACAUGCACUACCUUGAAUUUGAACUACCAAGUCAUAACAAUUAACGUUGUUAUGAACAAAUCGUCGUUAAAAGUAGUAUAUAAAGCAAUUAUAUGAUCUGAACGUUCACUCACUUUAUGCUUUUCUUCUUUCUUUGCAGAUGUCAGAAACUCCCGACACACUGAUUAGUCUUGAAGAGUUAGAAACUAUGUUUAAGGAUAGGUAUACGGACAAGGAUGUUAAUUAUCAAAACUACUUGUCGAAUGCCAAUGUACCACCCCCUGUCAUACCUCAUUGGGAUGAAAUAAAUCGGGAAAGAUUCAAUCAUCGGGAUCGGAGAAAUGAUAACUACAGAUUCCAGAGAAACAACUUCCGACGUAACAGUUUGGAUUAAUUCGAUUCAUUAUCAGAUCACAAAACUUUAGGGUAGUUUUUGUUUGAAUAAACUUUUAUACAAACUUCUGCUUUAUUUCGACUUAGAAAAUGUAACUACCGUAAUUGGGAAACUGAAAAAUUUAAUUCGUUCCAUGAAAGGUUUAGAAUUGUUAUUUUUGAAGUGCUUAAGGAUCGUCUUGUUGAUUUGAAUUGACGGUUCUAUAUUCCUUGGUAUGUCACUGGUUGUUUUGGAGGUGCUUACAGUCAUAUUGUCAUUUAAAAAAGUUAUUGUCGGUCGGUUACUGGUUCCAAGAACUUUAUUAUUACGUGUUUUGAUAUAUUGAAAAAUGGAACACUAUAGUUAAUAGACUUCUGAUUAACCAUAUCUGGCUUUUCAGUUCUUCUGUCUUCAAACAAAGACCUGAAUAUGCUUUCCGAUUGUUCGCCAGAUUAUAUAUGAUUUUCUUAGUUUCAAUGCCGGGGUUGAACUUGAUAGAUUUUUAUUCACAAAUUAAUACAGUGACAUGUCAUACGAAUUCGCCUUGACCAAAAAUAGCUUGACAUUAAAAUAUUCAGACCUAUUAUGACUUGUACUAACAAUAUCCCGUAUUGUUUCCUUUGUACUAUUUAAUAUUGCGUUAAUUUUAUUUCAUUUAUUUAUUUAUUCUGAAGAAGUGGCAUACACUAAGUCGCGAAAUGUCAAAAAUACAAUUUUAUACUCAUUGAGAUAUCACAAAAAAUAUGUUUCUUGUAUAUGAUUUUACUCUAUAUCUGAAGAAACCUUAUUGAUCGUUUCCAAGCAUGUGAAAAUAUCAAUGUUUCAGUAAAUUGUAAUGUCUCCGGUUAUUGAUUUGAUUUAUUCAGUUAAGCGUAGGCUACUGAUGUUGUUAGUUUCAGACAGUACGAUACACUAAUUUUCGUUAAUAUCGGGAUAACUUAUUAACUUGUUGGUCCUGUCAGUUCAUUCAUUUCAGUCAGAUAUUGUUUACUGUUGGUGGGUAUAUUAACCAGACUUUCAUCGAUUAUGAAUCUUACUCUGGUUAUUAACUAAAAGUGAUUUUUUGUCAAUUGCCUUUGCAUUUAUUCCUAACUUGACUUUUUAAAUGCAUCAUGUAAACGUCCAUUGUAAUAUGCACUCUGAAAACUUAAACAAUCAAAUUAAUUUGAAAUUGAUUCUCAUAGUGAAGUUAUUUUAGCGAAAGAACUACUGACAUCCGUAUUUCGUAGGUCGAAACUCCUCAAUGACAUACACGUUUUACCCCAUUCAGCUGAUGUGAAUUCGUGUUGACAAUCGUCUUCAGAUUAUGCAGAGCAAUUCACACAGUCAUCUGAUAAGCCAGUUCAAUUAGGUAGCCCCAGUCUCUUGCAAGGACUUAAGAGUGUAGUUUACGUAACUUGUAAAACUUUAUGUCAGAAACGUUUCAAUCCAUGAUCGUGAAUCUGUCAUGAAAUAUUACCAUAUAUCAAUGCAAAAGUUAAGAUAAUCUAUGACUGUUCACUAAGUCGCGCAGAAUAAAAUGUGUGCGAACCCAUGACUUAUCAAUAUGCAACUUAGUGAUUCAUUUAAGUAGUAUUCCUCAUGUUUUAGACAAUAAAGUUAAAGUAUUGUGAAACGUUAAAAAAUUUCAUUAUCAUGAUUAUAAUGAACUUAUCAAAAUGGAAUAAAUUCUCAUUACCAGCCAGAUUCAAGUAGACAAUCCGUUAUUAUUAAACUGAAUCAUUCUUUUAAAAUGGUUGCGAAAGAUCUUUUGGUGAUAAUCAGAUUAUGAAAAAAAUUAGACAUUUUUGUCGAAUUUGUUAACUACACCUUUUAUUUAUAUGACAAAUAACCGAAGUGCAUGACAUAAACAUAUGUCACUUCAUUGCCUUAACUUGUCUAACCAUGUACUACAGCAUGAUCGCAGCAUAAAUAUUUCUAUUUCAUAAAAAAGAUUUUGACACCAACAUGAAAUAAUUAAGAAGAAUAAAACAAUGCAGUGAAUAUCUUUUCCGGAGAACGAAACAUUCCUAUAUUCUGUAACCGUAAAUUGCGACCCCUGAACUAUUUUCUAUAAGAAAUUUGGGAGGUGAUUUAGUAUCUGAAGCAAGAAUGAAUUUUUUCAAUGAGAAUAUACCAUUAUAUUUUUAUUUGCAUGAAAAUACCGUAUUAUUACUGCACCCAACUGCAUCACAAGACAAGCCCUCACAUGGGAUCCUCAAGGAUAAAGGAAACGAGGAAGACCAAAUAACACAUUACGGCGAGAAAUUAAGACAGACAUGAGAAAAAUGAACAAAAAUUGGAUAGAACUAGAAAGGGGAGUUGAAGACAGCGUGGGUUGGCGAAUGCUGGUCGGCGGCCUAUGCUCCAUUAGGAGUAACCGGCGUCUUCCUCCUUACCGUAUUAUUACUAUAUUUGCCUACUCAAUAUUGGGUAAUAUUUAUUCUCUAAAAUGUUCUGUAAGUGAAUAAGAAUGUACAUUACUAGUAGUAUGUAGUGUCGUGUUGCGAUUUUCCGAUGAUAAUUACUUGUCUUAUAAUAAAACUUGUUUUUUUAAGGCAAAGAACUCUUCACUGUCGUUUUCAGGAAGUAAUUCUCAUAUCUUAUCAUAACUACACCGUUUAGGCUACUACUGCGAUUAUCAAUGAUAAUUUUGUCUUCAGUCACCUCCAAUCGAUGCUCUUUCCGCUACGUGAAACUUGGAAAUUUGGAUUAUACUACUCACAAAUGUUAAUCAGUAGCACCUUUAGAAUGACAGUUUAAUCGCCAGAUUGAUACUACUUUACAGACCAUUGUAGUUGCAUUCUAUGAAUAUUUCUUUUAUUAAGAAUUAUUUCAUCAUACCUUUAUUGACUGGCCGGACUUGACACUUUUUAGUUUUAUGAUUUUUCCAUCUUCACAAAUUUGUCGUUCGGGCCAAAGAUAAGAUAUUUUCAACCCACAUCAGUACUCAUAAUGUCGAAAAUUUUGUAAAUGGUUUUCGUUUCCUUCAUUGACCUAUAAGUUAAAUAUAUGUCAGCUAUUCAACAAAAUUCUGGAGACUAACGUCUUUAAGAUUUACCCUACUUAUGGUUUUCACAUUAUAUCCAAUUUUCUGUCUAUAAUUUUUAAUAUAAUAUUCGGGGUAAUAUCCUUUGACGUCUAUCAUCCAGUUGGUUUUUGAGCUGAGAUAGAAACGUAUGCUGACCUAUUCUUCCAAUGGAGUGUAUCUCGAUAUUGUCACAGUUUACCUUCCAAAACUAAUAUCCUGCUAGUUUCCAAUUUUUCCAGUCUUGAGUUUCUUAAAAAACAGAAUGCAAAGAAUUUAUAGUUUUCUUACCUGGUUUAGUUCCGGAUUUCGUAUACUGUCUACUUGCUGUUCUUGAGUAAUAGCAGUGCUGAAUAAAAUAAGCUCUAGCUCAGUGUUAUUAGGCUUCCUUUUCAGCAUACAUUAAACUAAUCAUCAUACAAAACAAUUUAUGAUUGGGAAAUGAUAAGCCAUUUAGAGGAAAUUAAUAUUUCUUCCAUUUAUAACUCCAUUAGUAUAAAAUAGAUUCUUGCUAUUUCCAUAUGAUAGGUCACAUUUUUCAUGUUUUUACUUGUUUGCAAUGUCAUUUAAUCAAACUAACACUACUUCAGUGUGAAUCAAACAAUUUUUGUGGACUGUAAGGUAAGUGAUUCAGUUCCCAGUUUACACUAACUUUCUAGACAACAGCACAGAUGCCAAAGGUUAUCAUACCAUUCAAAUCAAUAAUAAUAAUGAAAGAAAUAAUAUGUGCAAUAGGAAUAAAAGAGUGAACAAUUUCUGUACAUGUCUUAUGGGGAAAAUUUAUAUACGUUGAAAAACAUGACAAUAUCUUUCACUGUAGGCAAACCCAGAAAUAAAGGGCAAUGAUUCAUCCAAACUAAUGUCUACAUCGUAGUAAAUGUGUUUGUUUAUUAAUCUGCUUACUUCAUUGUAUGCAUUCAAAAUGAAUCAGAAAAAUAUUUAGUUGAUAAUUUGUCUCUAAUCAAAUCAAUGACUUAUGGAUAUUUUCCUGUGGUAAAUAAACAUCAGUCAAAGGCAAUUGAAGACGAAGGAACACUAGAUAAAUAUUUCAUUCUAGUCUCAAAACCAUUGACAGUUUUCACCCAAAAGCCUUUGAUUGAUCUAACUCAUGAUCUUCAGAUUUCACAGUGCGGGAUGGUACCUUUAACCCACUAAAUUAGAAUAUACUGAUCGAUAUUUAUAUCUUCAGUUAAGUAAAAAGUAAGUUCGGAAAUGAUAAGAGAAACUUAAAGCCUAAAGUAAUUGGUUUUUUCCACACUAAAAACCUCAGGAUCACGGUCACUUGCUGAAAAUCAUCACCAUCCAUAAAUUACAAUCGAAAACAGAUUGCUUAUGAAUAUUAGAUCAAGGCUAGGGAAAACAAUGAUCAACGCAGUUACUAAGCCCAUUAAAAAUCUUUUCCAUGAAAAUAGUUCCAAUCCAUUUGUUUGUUUAUUGUCAAACAGGCACUUUAUUCAUGAUCUAAAUAUGAUUACGAAAACCAACAAUCGAUUUCAAAACAUCCUUUCAUAAAUAUUAACAAAACUUCAGUUUAUUUCAGCAUUCUUUUUCAACAUCUUGUUAAACGAAAAGAAUAGUUGUUUUAAAAAACAGAUGGAUGCAUUUGUACAUCUACAAUAAGUUUUAUCUUAAUCAAUAAUUAUUCGUAAGAUAGAUAAGAAGGAAAAGAAGAAUGUUCAUUUGUCCUCGAAUACCUCAUAAAGUUAUUUUACAUGGUAAGCAUUUAAAGAAAAUCAUUAACAUAGAUGAAUUCAUAUUAAUCUUACUAAAGUUUUAGUUAUGGAUUUAUUAGUUUAUGAAGAGGAAAUUGUAUGACAUUUUCUGUGUUCAACGAUGCUUUUCAACAAGUCAUACAUUAUUUAUUGGUUACUUAUUGUUGAUUGCUAAUUCUACUAUCAUUUCUCUUCCUUACUUUUAGUAUUAUUGGUAUAACGUUUGUACUGAUGAUAUUGUCCGAAAAGACAAUAAAAAUUGUAUAUUAUCAACAAAUUUGCAUGUGUGUAUAUCUAUGUAGAAGAAGUACAAUUGACGAGAAAUCGGUAUGUUAAUGGUUAAGUUUAUGUAUAAGAAAAGAAAGAACCUUAAACAAAUUAUGCUGAAGUUUGUAUCUGCCAAUUAUUAAAAAAAACAGAAUGUUUAAAAAUAUAACGAUUGAAAUUCAUAACUUAGAGCCUGGGAUAAAUACACAUAAACUCAAAUUGUCAUAUUUUUCAUUAAUACAGAGAUAAGAAAUUAGAAGGAUAAGCAUUAAAGAAAUCGUAAUAGUAGUAGUGGUAAUAAAAAGAGGAGUUGAACAUAAGGAGUAAAGUAUUUUAGGAACGAACAAAAUCGACAAACCAAAAAUGUAAAACAAUACUAAAACUCAAGAUCUAGGUGAAGAUGAAAGAUGUAUAUCUAUUCUCUAUGGGCAUCGAUUUUGAAUUACAUGGUCUAGUAUCUAAUACCACAGACUAGUGUUACUAUGAAGACUUCAACCAAGAAAUCACUUUCUGGUAUGCUUCUGACCAAGAGUCAGGGAAUCCAUGGACUGAUUCAUGUCUUGUCCCAAUCAUCCCCAACCUUUUACAAACCUACUGUUUUCCUAGUGGACAUAUGUUGUAGUAGACGUUAAAUGAGUCUGUAAAACACAUUCUCCAAUCGCCUUAUUAGGUGAAGAUCCAUAGUUUCAUGGAUCCAUUUAACGUUUUCAACAAACACCCCUACUUCUGACAUAUGCAUCACUAACUUUAUAUUUUCACCUAACUUUGUAAAUACCACGAAGAUGGUUAUGAUCAAAUAUUAACAACAUAUACAUCUCAUCUACCUUUAGAGUUUAUUUUUCACAACCAUAAAAAUAGAGCUCUCAGUUGUAUAUAUAUCCAAUGCUCAAGAUUUUUCAAACCAUUUUAGGUUUGUACAUCUAACUGUCUUGCAUAUCUCAUGAUGUGAAAUCGAAGCAGCCAUUCUGAUCAAUAAAAAUAAAGUCCCCAAUAUGUUAGAUGAAUAGCUGUUUAUGUGUUGAUAGUUGCAUAUAGGGUGGUAGCUUACUUAUCCAUAUGAUAAGUGAACAAAUUAUAGUUAUAAAAUCUGUUGGCAGGAAGCGAAUAUUUUCAUUCGCUCUGUUGAGUGGAAAUUAAAUCAACUCCGUGAUAAGGAAUAGUAGUAACUUAUUUAGCUUAAAAGUCUUUGAGGUAAUUAUUCGAGAUUGUUCUCUACUUCAUGGGAUACAUAACUCACAUUGUUUAGUAUUUUCUGGACAGUUUGUUAGAGUAAUUACUACUGAACAUGAUGAGAACUUAUUACAAAGAAUAAUUUUCAUUUGUCUGUGUUCGAUAUACGUCUAACACGUGUACUGUAUUAUUGGAUGCAGAUGAAUAAUAUUUUCAAGUCAAUGAAUAACUGUUCGAAAACAUAUAAUGUAUGAAAAUCUUUUUUUUUAAACUUCAUUUAUCAGUCAUAUUGUAUGAAGUGAUUCUUAAAGAUGAAAAUCGUAUAAUAGUCUUAAUCAUUUAAUAGAUUCCAAAAUUUUAAUUAGCUUUCAUAUGAUGAGUUUCAAAUUGCAUUAUAUAGAACAUUUUUAUAAAUGAUCUAUUACAGGGUAAUGACCAUUGUCAUGUAUAUCUAGUCUCUUAGUAUUCAUCUAUUCUUAUUGACUGAGGUGCAGUGUAGCUGCUAGUCUGAGUAACUUUACGUCGGGUAAAUUAUGUUAAGAUUUUACAUGAUUAAAGGGAACCCUCUAACCACCUAACAAUAAAUUAUUUCAAUAAAUUCACAGUACUUUAUUCUGAUUACGGUUAGAUCGUAACACAGGGGUUUAAUACAUUUACUUAUAUAAUAGCUGAUUUCUAAGCAUCGCUUUAUGUUAAUAUGAAACACGAUUUUCAUCCAUUUUUUUACUUCGGUGAAUAUGGCAUUAACACCAAAACAACUUAGAUUUUUCACAGAAAUUUACUUCAUUCUUAUCAAAGUUUACUUAGCCCACAUCACUGAGGAAAACUGCUGUGUGAAAUUUUAGAGUUAAGAUUUUGAUGAAUUCUAGUGACAAUUUUUUAAAAAAAACUUCAUAAGUCCAUCAACACGGAAAUACUCAAAUCCAAUACGAUACAACAUUGAUUUUGGAAGAACAAUACACUUGUACGAAAAAUGUCGGGGAAACGGAUAGCUUGUAUGAGUGCUUGAUCCUGUAUCGUUUUCUAGUCCACUUCACUAAGAUAUACUAGAUUGGUAUGAAGUUUUGAGAAUCGACCGAAUUAGUCAUUAUUUAUCUUGCGGAUUUACUUACUACAAGUAUUCUUCAAAACUCCACCUAUAGCUCUUCUAGGACUACCGCCAGUCCGAAGCCCGAGUAAAGGAGGAGGAUUGAGCGUGUGGUCGGCAACCCCAUCCCGUAGAAAACAACCUUGUCAAAAAAUCGCUAACUAGUAAGUAAGUAAGUGUUCUUCAAAAGAAGGUUACGAUUAAUGAAUGAUCAAGUGAAAUCUAAUUUAAGAUAUUAAAAAUAAUGUCUGAAAAACUUCACAGUUGAGACAUUCUCAAUGAAAUUUAUCAACUGAUAUAAUGAUAUUUAAUUAUUACAAUCGAAGAGACUAAUUUAUUUGCAGAUAGUUUACAUAAAUUAGCUAUGUACAGUUUAUAGAAGUGCGCUCAUCAUCAAGUUAUCCACUGAAAAAAACUUAGGUUUACCGAAUAUGACAUUCUGCGCCUAGAGAUUCACUGCUAAUAAAGUGGGAAAACUAAUUUACUUUUAUGAACGUUGUUUUUGAGCAUCUUUCAGUAGAAACAUGUACUGCUGGAUAACUUUAUUGGAGAAAAGAAAAUCGAUUUUAUUGUCAGUUUAUCGUCAAUAAUUCUUUUAAAUUAUGAAUUGGAGAUAACGUUCACCAUAAACUAAAGUUUUGAACUUUUUAGGAGUUUUCAUUCAUGACCUCAUAUUUAAAGGAAAGUAGAUCGGGUCAGUGAAAUGUCACUGAGCCCAAGACAAAUUUUCCGGCAGUUGGGUCACUGAAUAUCGAACAGAUCAACGAUCCCUGUCAAAGUCAAGAAAAACCAACGCGCGUCAGUUAAUCGUGUGCCAUGGAGUGGUCAAUGCGGUGGUGAUCUCACUAUCCUCUCUGUACUUAUUCUUGUUAAUAUAGUUCCGUAAUAACG